AUGAAUUUUAUAUUCCACAGUGUAAUGUUAACUUUGAAUAUUAUUAUUUGUGAGUGUUCUGGGAUAUUUCAUGAAAAAUCUAAAAUUGUUUUUCGUCCAGACAGCAAUGCCUCUGAAUAUUUUGGCUACACUGUGCUUUUAGCUUCUGACAAGCUAAUCGUCGGAGCUCCGGUGGCGCCAAGCAGAUACCGUCCUAACUUAACAUCUGGUCUUGUAUACGUUUGCUCACUUAACAAUUUAAGUGUUAAAAAUGUUACUUGCCACCCUUUUGGAAUGGAUGACGAUAUCCAGAGUAGGCUAUAUCAAAGAUUGGCCUUGCAUUCUGAUUUUUUGAAAAACGACAUGUGGCUUGGAGCGACAAUCGCAGUCGUACCAAAUGGAAAGUUAAUGAUGUGCGCUCCGAGAUGGAUGACGCCUUAUAAAGAUUCCCACUUACUUGAAAACGGUGCUUGCUAUUUGUCUUCUAAGAGAUAUGGUACGAAUUUAUAUCCACUAAAGGAAAACGUUCGCCAAGCGCACAGAACAUCGGGCACGAGACGUGAAUAUGGCGAAUAUGGCUUGCUUCUCAAUUUCUACGCUUACGGUCAAGCCGGUUUUGCUAUUAAAGUAUCUAAUGAAAGCGUGAUUUUAGGAGCCCCCGGACUUUUGCAAUGGACAGGUGGUAUAGUCGUAUAUAGAUAUUUUUCUGACAGCGAGUACUUCAGUUUGCAGCAGACAAUGAAUCCCUAUUACACAUUAGAUGUGGGACCAGAUGAUUAUUUGGGAUAUAGCGUGGAAUCGGGCGUAUUUGAAGCACACGGGGACACUUUGUACGUAGCAGGAGCACCUCGAUCUAAAGGCGGAUACGGACAAGUUCUCAUAUUCGAACCACCAUUUCGGGAAACCGAUCCUCUGAAUAUUAAAGCAAAACUACGGGGCUCACAACUUGGGGCAUACUUCGGUGGUACCUUAUGUUGUGUCGAUUUAAACGGCGAUGGCAUCACCGAUUUGCUAGUUGGUGCCCCGAACUAUGUUAAAGAAGACGGCGGUCUCCAUUAUGAUCAAGGUGCUGUUUUUGUCUACUUGACUGAACAGACGAAUUCCAGUUUUAUUAUUACCCCAGCAGGAUAUAUAACUGGUUCAAGUAGCAAUGGAAAUCGGUUUGGAAGCGCUAUUGCAAGCUUGGGUGAUGUAGACGGAGACGGAUAUAACGAUAUAGCUGUUGGAGCGCCAUGGGAAGAUGAUGAGAGAGGGGCAGUUUAUAUCUUCAAAGGUGGUAAAAAGGGGUUAAAAUCUCAAUAUAUACAAAAGAUAAUGGUAGAAAAUUCUAAAUCUUUUGGUUUUUCAAUAUCGACGGGUUUGGAUGUAAAUGGCGAUGAAUGUAACGAUAUAUCAAUAGGAGCGUUUACAACAAAUGCCGCGUACGUAUUUACUUGUAUACCAAGUAUGUACGUGGAAACGAUAAUAAAGGUACCUGAUGCUAUGAACUUACAACAAAACGCAACGAAUUUUACAGCUUUAUUCUGCGUGAAAGCUGUACAAUUGAGAACUUGGUCACAUGUAAAAAUAGAUUUUAAAGCAAAAAUAACAAUAGAUCCGAAAGAGAACAGGGCGAAAAUUAAUGGAGAUUCAGAAUAUGAUGUAACAAUUUCCGCCGGAAGUGAGAAUUGUGACGAACAAGUGGUUGAAGUUAAGCCAACAGCUGAUCUGUCAAGACCAAUUUCAAUGAAAUUUAAGUUAGAAGUAAACAAUGAUUGGGAAGAUAGUACAGAAGUAGCAUCACAUACUGGAAGACUCUCAGAUAACUCAAAACUGGAAACAUCGUUUGAUAUACAACUGAUUAGAGAUUGUGGGGAGGAUAUGAUUUGCAAGCCCUGGCUAGUAAUGUCCCUACAACCAAUAAAUAGCACCUAUGUACCAGGAACGGAUGAUAAACUUGGUGUAAAACUAACAGUAUUUAACAAAGAAGAACCAUCAUUCGGAGCUAAAGUACAUCUCAUAUUACCAUAUUCACCAAUAAGACUGCCAAGCGAAUGUUCCCUUGAAGAGCUUAAUGUAACAUGUAAUUUGCCUGGACCAUUAAGACGAGAAGAAACAGUUGAGUAUGAAAUAGAAUUGGAAUAUACAUAUAAAGAUACUGUAGAAGAAAUAAUAGUCGUGGCAAUAUUAGAUGAUCCCAUGUACAAUGAAACUGAUAUCGAAAGAAGAGUAGAGGAACAAAUAAUAGUGGUGUCGCCAAAAGCUACUUUUGAAAUAAGUGGGCAAGCCCUGCCAAAUGCAACGAUUGCAGUAACGAGAGACAAACUCGACGAAGCUGCCAACAUUACUCUUCAACAUUAUUAUGAGGUUACCAAUUUCGGUCCAUCUGAUUGGUUUCAUUUGCGGCUUCAAAUAAUUCUCUCGGACAAGGUGAACUUGUCAAGUCGAAUUAAGGGAUGCUCUGAAGACGGUGAGGAGUGCAAGUGGAAGAUACCAGCAAAAGUUUCCCGAUCGAUUGUACUGCCUUUGAAAUUCGAUUUAGGUUUAUAUGGAGAAUUUUUACAAGAAGAAGUAGAGUAUAACAUCACUUCUACAGUAAUAUUGGAAGGACAAAAUAAGUCUGCUUCAAUAACUACGACUUUAGUACUGGAACCAGCUCCACUAAUUUGGCCCUACAUCGUCGGAGGCGUGGCGGGCAUCCUGUUACUGUUACUAAUAGUAUUAACACUUUACAAAUGUGGAUUCUUUUCAAGAAAGCGCUUGGAAGACUUCCAAAGACUUCAAGAACAGGAAAUGUCGGAAGAGGCGAGUACUUCCGCUUCCGGUAACAACUCGGCGGAAGCGUCUUCACAGGAACUUAUUGUAGAGGAUUCAGAC